GAAAAUCAACAGCCGAUCCCAUUGAGUCCCGAAAUAUUGUGUCGCUAAUCUUUCAAAGAGCACUUGAAACUAUGCUCCACUUUUUAACGGUAUACCACGGGAAUCAUAAUUUCUAUAUCAAUUUUAUGUUUACAACAAAAUGAGUCAUACUAUCGCUAUCUACAUAUUUAUACCGUUGCAUUCUCUGGUUUGUUGAAGUUUCUUGAUAUCUAUGUAAAAUGAGUGUAGUAUAUAGUAAUAAUACUAUCUGCUCAGUACAAAAUAACUCAGAUUAUACAUACAUCGAACUGAUCUUUGAUCCCAAAGCCCAGAUUCACUAACUUAUCGAUCUUGAAGAUAUAUUUGAUAUUUAUUUCUGUAUGGAUCCGUAAAUAAGGUUUAUUGUAAUUAGCAAUGAGACAAUGUAAGAUAUGACUUAUAAUUGUAACGUAGAUUCUAAAACUGAUUUCAUUGUCAUGUUUUUAUUCUUUCACCAUUCUGCCCUUUGUUCGGCAGCAGAUAAUGGUUCCUUUGUUCAUCUAUGCUUCCAAAGAUACUCGUUACCAUGAAGGCUUAAUAGGAAACUUGUGCUGUUUUAAAGCUCAUUGGAAACGCAUGUUUCAGAAUGAAUCAUUCAGUUUGGUUGUUUCUGGAAUGAGCAUUUAAAUGCUUACACUAACUUCUUUGUGCCAGCACUUUGCAUUCAGCAUUAGUUCAUAGGGUUACUUAACAUGUAUGGCAUAUUUAAAGAAAAAGGCACUUAGUGUGCUAGUUUCGAAAUAUAUAUAGUAUAGCAACGAGUAUACCCUGUGAUCUUGAUGGAAACACCGCCUUAUCUUCUUCUUCGGAUUAGUAGUGAUAUACAAUGUAGGUAUUAUAUCACCUGUCGUAUUUAUUAACCUGCUCAUGUAGUGCAGACAUACGUGGCUAAAUUGUUUGGUUUUCCGAGCUUUCAACUCAGAUACGAUGGGUGGUGGUGCCCCCUUAUCGCUGUAAUUUGGGGAGGUCUUCUUGGGGUCAAGCGAUGGGUGGGGUGCUAUUGGCUAUUUGACAUGCCCAACUGCUGUUUACAGUUAUGAACAUGCCCUUGACCAUGCCAGGCGCAGCACAGUCUCACAUUCUUCCCCCCAUUCAAUUGGCAGGCUGCCUAAUUGCUGCCACUUUUCCACUUUCCCACACAUUCCCACCGUCCAUUUCGCUUGCCGCCCAUCGUUCGAUCAUUUAAUUUCGGUUUAUUUGAUUUCCUUGCUUGUGUGUCAAUUAAUGUAAAUUUCUGACUGUCAACGCUUAGCCAGUUGACUUAAUGAGUCGCCGCCGCCGGGCUAAUCUUCGCCUGCAAUCAGAGCAGUUGGCUGGGUAGUUGGACUGCGAUGGUGUGAUGCCCCAUCUCACAAUCAUCAUCGUUUGGGGCUAAAUUGGCAUAUUUAUGCUGUGCACUGCUCGUUUGGCAAAAUGUUUCUCAAGGCGCCAUCACUGCGCUUAACCCUUGGCCGUUGGCUGGGGUUUAAUUCCGCUGCAGCUACGUGACCUGCCCCAUCUGCCCCAUGUGCCCCUUCUGCCCCACGGCUCUUGGCCCAUUGGCGCUCCCUUUGGCGCUUUCGAAUGCAAACAAUGUUGCCCGCUGCCCCUCCUUCGUUCCCACUGCGGUCGUUCUUUGUACCUGUCUGUCGGCCAACUUCACCUUUUGCCAGCUUCCCAUGAUUGUCUUAAAUCAGACAUGACCUGCUCUCCUCGUGCUGCUCCUCCUCCUCCUUCGUUCGCCUCCGCGGGGGUCACGUAGCUGGGAACUUUUAUUGCGUAGCCGGAAACGGAAACGCCGCGAACAUUCACGACAGGCGGCGGAGGACGAGAAUGGGCUGUAGCUGUAGCUGGGGCUGGGGCUGUGGCUGUGGGCGUGGCAUGGCCAUGGAAAUGAAAGAGGAGCCACUGCAGCAGCCGCAGCAGGAAAAACUUUAAUGUAAUUUGCAUUUCAUUGAAAUUCACAUGCUAAAUUUAUUUUAAAACGAGCUGGCCUUUUCUGCUCGCCAUACACACAGAUGCCACUGGCUUUUCCAAUUUUCCAAUUUAAUUGUCGCAACUUUUUGGCCAAACCCAUUAUUAUCAUCAUUUCAAUUGCUAAUUUAUGCACAUAUGUAUUACAGGGCUCUGCAUUUGCUGCAAAAAGGGCGUGUUAAUAAGAUUUUUUUUUCCUGUUCGAGGAAUAAACCAUUGUUUUUACUGCAUUUUAAUCAGCUGCAUAGGAAAUCUGCAAAAACACUUUGUGUGCCAUGUUUGGAUUAUAAUUGCUUACCGCAAAUCGCCGUUUGUAUAUUUAAUUUACCAAUUUAAGAGUGUAAUUUUAAGUGGAUAUAUAAAAACAUAGAUUUUUAAAAUCCAUUUACUUUUACACAGCGGAUUUCUGACGCUGGCCAAAUAUGAAUAGAAUAUCAAUAAUAAAUAAACAAUACAUAUUUCUAGCACAAAGAAUAAAGAAAACUGAGUGAUGCAGCACCAAGUAAAGAUAAACAAAUACGUAAAUUCAAUCGAGGCGCACAAAGAACUUGAAGAAUGUUGAUUCUAAGAGACUUCAAUUUCGGUCCAAAGUGCGCUGUUGGUAGAUAAAUAUAAAUACCAUAUCUUAAAUAUAAUGAUAACUUUACAAACUCAUCAGCUUUCUGUGCUUAACUUUAUAUAUACCCAUUCAAAUGGCGCACUCUUUUCCCACACAAAAUCGAAAUCAAAGUCAAGGUCGGUCCGUGCCACGCCCCUACGCCAGUACGCCCACCGUAUCUGAUUAUGUUUUGAUUGGACGCAGGCUAAAUUAUUUGAUUAAUGGGAAAUGCCAGAAAAUAAACAAAAUUUGCGGCAAAUGUCACAUUUGCAAAUUGGAAAAUCCUCCCAUAUUUGCACCAGCACACGAAUAUAUCAUCGUACAAAUGCAUAGAUACAUAUACAAAUGUAUCUAGAUGCAUAUGUAUCUGUAUGUAUGUGUCUUUUUGGUCGUGCAUUGCAGAUACACUUGUAUAAUACACCCAUUUCGUGGUCAAUGUAAAAUUUAAUUUGGCAUUUUGGUUUCGAUUAUGUCGCGACUUUUGUUUAUGACUUUCAUGCAAGCUGACAGCAGAUGAUUAGUGAGCGUGGCCCUGUGCACUCGAUGACCUUGAUUCGCCUUGGCAUUGUGUCAUUAAAAUGCAAAUAGCAUUUUGCUCCUUCUACCAAGCGUUUGCAACGCCCACAAUGCGGAACGUGUGGAAGGAUCCUCCGCUGGAGGAACAGGACGCUGGAGACAGUAAGAGGAGCAGGAACGCUCCAGCUCCUAUUCCAUCUGCAGGUGCGAAUAGUUUUCCCACAGUUGACAUCAACUUGGCAUUCAACAAUGUUCCAAACGCGUGUCUGGAUCGGGAUUGCGGUUGCUGGGCGACGAAAAAGGCUUUAAGUUGUCAGCUUACAUUCGAUUUACUCAGCUUGAUUUACUAGGGUAAAGGGUCACAUUGUUGUGCCCAACUGUUGCACUUUGUUCGCUGGUCACUCUAAAAUCCUUUCAAUUCGCUUCAAUUACACAGAAAGUGCUUUGAAAUAUAUUUAAAAUAUAUAUAUAUAUUUCUUUUUUAAAAUUAAUUCAAGCAAACAUAUGAUUGGUAAAAAAGCACUUAUUGAUGAUUAAGUAAAUCGUUUCGAUAUGGAUUUUGAAAAUAUUUUACAUUUUCGUAACUAUAGCAAUAUAAUUAUGAUGGUUUACUCCACUGGGAAACCUGUUUGCCCUGUGUUAAACCUGUAGAACCAGAACUCGUUACUCCACUUGGUCACACUAUCGUUUCGUUUUUGACAAUUGUAAGAAACCCGAACCUGAACACAUCGAUUAGACAGACGUAUGUACAUAGAGUGAUGACUGUGUUCCAAUCGAAGAAUCGCCCAUCCUGGCAGCUCCAGCUGUGUGAGCUGCCCCGGAAGGGACCUGGGCUAAUCCUGCGCUACUACAAGCACAAGCCCGCCUUUCGGCCCACGAGCGAGAAUCCCAUUACUAGGAAGAGGGAUCGUGUGAUGAGCAAGUUGCAGGACACGCGCAACAAGCUUCUGGGUCUGAUGCAGCGCUUCGAGAAGGUGGACAACAUUGUGGAGGGGUCACGCCGCAGACGCAAUCCCUUCCAUCUCGUGGCUUCGAUGGCGAUGGCCUACGAGGAUAUCGAGACACAUAUGAUAGAUGGCAUCCUGGGCUGGUCCGAUCUCGAGGAAACCGACGAUUGCUUCAGAAUGUAGAAGCACCAAACACCGACCACGGACCAUCGAAACUCAAAAACUGGAUGGGCAGUUACCUUGAAACGAGGCAAAAUAAAUACCGGGAAUCCCAA